AUGUAUCAUCUAUCCCUUUGGUGGUGGCUUUCAUCGAUUGCUCUUACCGUCGCACAACUGCAAACCUUUACACCUCCGGGCCAGGAUGGUAUAACAUACGCUGUUAAUGUACCUGAAAGAACCGCUUCCUCUGGCUCGGGCCCUAUCUACUUCCAAUUGAGAUCCACCCGCAGCCUUCAGUGGCUUGCAUGGGGCCAAGGUUCGCGAAUGCAAGGAGCAAAUAUAUUUAUUGUCUAUGCAUCUGCCGAUGGCAAUAAUGUUACCGUGUCUCCCCGGGCAGGUGUGGAACACGUCGAGCCGCUAUAUAAUUCCCAAGCUCGCCUCUCUGUCUUGGAUGGCAGUGGGAUAAGUAAUGGGAUUAUCACUGCAAACAUUCGCUGCGAAAGUUGCAUUACAUGGUCAGGUGGGCAUGAAGAUACGACAGCCUUGUCUAGUCCAUGGGUUUGGGCCUUCAAAUAUGGGAAUCCGCUUCAGACCAACAGCCUAUCGGCACCCAUCAUCAUACAUGAUGUUUCGGGGGUUGCAGCUUUAAACCUUCAAAAAGCGAUUGGUGGUACAUCUGAGAACCCUUUUCUGGGCCCAUCAAGUACAACAAAUAGCUCGGGGCAGGUAGUAUCGUCCGACAACUCUCCUUCCAUUCAAAAGAAAAGAAUCGCCCAUGCCGUUAUUAUGAUCACCGCUUUUGUUGUUAUGUUCCCUUCAUUUGCACUAGUCCUUCAUGCUUUUCCAUCCCAUUCAAUAGUAUGGGUCCAUGCCUUCUUGCAGCUUUCCACGCUCGCUCUUGCGAUCGCCGGUCUUGGCCUGGGAAUCUCAAUGGCAAUAGAGCUACAAUUGGUGGGGACAUACCAUCCAAUCAUAGGCAUUGUGGCCGUUUCGUCCCUUAUUGCUUUUCAGCCGGCCAUGGGGCUCCUUCAACACCAGUAUUUUAGGAAAUAUGGAAAAAGAGGACCGCUUGGUCGCUUGCAUCAAUGGUUCGGCCGUGUCAUCGUGACUCUGGGUAUCAUUAAUGGUGGGCUUGGGUUUCAUCUUACAGGAAUCGGUACUCCGCUUGCUCCUAUUGGCGCAGUUGUUGCAUACAGUGUGUUCGCUGGACUCGUUGGACUUGGCUACGUUUUGAUGUUCUAUUUCUUUGCUUACAGAGUUUAA